CGCCGGGCUCCCCAGGCUCCAGUUCCUUGACUUCUGUGCCCCUCCUGCUUGGCUCCCUACUAUUAGAAUGUACAUUGCCCUGCUUACCGAGUCCGUUCGCUCCGGGCACAGCGCUGUAUCCACCCCCUUCUCCCGGUGUGCUUGAUUUCUCGUUGGAACUGCGUUUUCAUCACGGUUCGGUGUAGAACAAGAACCUCUGGGGGGCUUUCCGAGGGCUUGAGUCAGAGCACCAUUCUUGGGGACCCUGGAACACUAUCAUGGAGACUGAGAGCGAGCAGAACUCUAGCUCCACCAAUGGGAGUUCCAGCUCAGGGGGCAGCUCUCGGCCCCAGAUAGCGCAGAUGUCCCUGUAUGAACGGCAAGCCGUGCAGGCUCUGCAAGCCUUGCAACGGCAACCCAAUGCAGCUCAGUAUUUCCACCAGUUCAUGCUCCAGCAGCAGCUCAGUAAUGCCCAGCUGCACAGCCUGGCAGCCGUUCAGCAGGCCACGAUUGCUGCCAGUCGGCAGGCUAGCUCCCCGAACAGCAGCACCGCACAGCAGCAGACUGCUACUACCCAGGCCUCGAUCAAUCUGGCGACUACAUCAGCUGCCCAGCUCCUCAGCCGAUCCCAGAGUGUGAGCUCUCCCAGUGCUACCACCUUGACCCAGUCUGUGUUACUGGGGAACACUACCUCCCCACCCCUCAACCAGUCCCAGGCCCAGAUGUAUCUGCGGCCACAGCUGGGGAACCUAUUGCAGGUUAACCGGACCUUGGGCCGGAAUGUGCCUCUAGCCUCCCAACUCAUCCUGAUGCCCAAUGGGGCAGUGGCUGCAGUCCAGCAGGAGGUGCCACCCGCUCAGUCUCCGGGAGUUCAUGCAGAUGCAGAUCAGGUGCAGAACUUGGCAGUGAGGAACCAGCAGGCCUCAGCUCAAGGACCCCAAAUGCCAGGCUCCACUCAGAAGGCCAUCCCUCCUGGUGCUUCUCCUGUUUCUGGCCUCUCCCAGGCUUCUAGCCAGGCCCUAGCUGUGGCACAGGCUUCUUCUGGGGCCUCAGGCCAGUCACUCAACCUUAGCCAAGCUGCUGGAGGCAGCGGGAAUAGCCUCCCAGGCUCCCUGGGUCCAGGUGGAGGUGGCCAGGCGCCUGGGGGCUUGGGUCAGUUGUCUUCUUCAGGACUGGGUGGUGGAAGCUGUCCCAGGAAGGGCACAGGAGUGGUGCAGCCCUUACCUCCAGCUCAAACAGUGACUGUGAGCCAGGGCAGCCAAACGGAGGCAGAAAGUGCAGCAGCCAAGAAGGCAGACGCAGAUGGGAGUGGCCAGCAGAGUGUGGGCAUGAACCUGACCCGGACGGCCACACCUGCCCCCAGCCAGACUCUCAUUAGUUCAGCCACAUACACACAGAUCCAGCCUCACUCACUGAUUCAGCAGCAGCAGCAGAUCCACCUCCAGCAGAAGCAAGUAGUGAUCCAGCAGCAGAUCGCCAUCCACCACCAGCAACAGUUCCCGCACCGCCAGUCCCAGCUGCUGCACACAGCUACACACCUCCAGCUGGCGCAGCAGCAGCAGCAGCAACAGCAGCAGCAGCAGCAAGCAACAACCCUCACUGCCCCUCAGCCACCCCAGGUUCCACCUACUCAGCAGGUCCCACCUUCCCAGUCCCAACAGCAAGCUCAGACCCUAGUGGUCCAACCCAUGCUCCAGUCUUCACCUCUCUCUCUCCCGCCUGACCCGACCCCCAAACCACCCAUCCCCAUUCAGUCCAAACCACCUGUAGCACCCAUCAAACCUCCUCAACUAGGAGCUGCUAAGAUGUCAGCUACCCAGCAACCACCACCACAUAUCCCCGUGCAGGUUGUUGGUACUCGGCAGCCAGGUACAGCCCAGGCACAGGCUCUGGGAUUAGCACAGCUGGCAGCUGCUGUACCUACUUCCCGGGGAAUGCCAGGGGCAGUCCAGCCUGGCCAGGCCCAUCUGGCCUCCUCGCCACCUUCAUCACAGGCUUCUGGUGCUCUUCAGGAGUGUGCUCCCACCUUGGCCCCCGGAAUGACCCUUGCUCCUGUGCAGGGAACAGCACAUGUGGUAAAGGGUGGGCCUACAGCCUCCUCCCCUGUCGUGGCCCAGGUCCCUGCUGCUUUCUACAUGCAGUCUGUGCACCUGCCGGGUAAACCCCAGACCCUGGCUGUGAAACGCAAAGCUGAGUCUGAGGAGGAGAGAGACGACGGCUCCACAUUGGGCUCUCUGCUUCCUGCAAAGGCCUCACCAGCAUCAGAGAGCCCAAAGGUAAUGGAGGAGAACAGUGUUGGAGAGAAAGCUGAAGCAGUGGCCAGUUUGAGCGCUAAUCCUCCAAGCAGUGACUUAGUAGCCUUGGCCCCUCCCCCAUCUGCGCCACCUCCGACUCUGGCCUUGGUGUCCAGGCAGAUGGGGGACUCAAAACCCCCACAGGCCAUUGUGAAACCGCAGAUUCUUACGCACAUCAUUGAAGGCUUUGUGAUCCAGGAGGGAGCGGAGCCUUUCCCGGUGGGAUGUUCUCAGUUACUGAAGGAGUCUGAGAAGCCCCUGCAGGCUGGCCUUCCGACAGGGCUGAGUGAGAGUCAGUCAAGUGGCCCUUUGGGAGGAGACAGCCCUUCUGUAGAGUUAGAUAAGAAAGCCAAUCUCCUAAAGUGCGAGUACUGUGGGAAGUACGCCCCGGCAGAGCAGUUCCGUGGCUCUAAGAGGUUUUGCUCCAUGACGUGCGCAAAGAGGUACAAUGUGAGCUGUAGCCACCAGUUCCGCUUGAAGAGGAAAAAAAUGAAAGAGUUUCAGGAAGCCAGCUAUGCCCGUGUUCGGAGACGUGGACCCCGCCGCAGCUCUUCUGACAUUGCUCGUGCCAAGAUCCAGGGCAAGCGCCAUCGGGGUCAAGAGGACUCUAGCCGGGGCUCAGAUAAUUCCAGUUAUGAUGAAGCACUCUCCCCAACAUCUCCUGGGCCACUGUCAGUAAGACCUGGACACGGAGAACGUGACCUAGGAAACACCAUUACAGCUCCACCCACACCAGAGUUACAAGGCAUCAACCCCGUGUUCCUGUCCAGCAAUCCCAGCCGAUGGAGUGUAGAGGAGGUCUACGAGUUCAUCGCUUCUCUGCAAGGCUGUCAAGAGAUCGCAGAAGAGUUUCGUUCCCAGGAGAUUGAUGGACAGGCCCUUUUAUUACUUAAAGAAGAACAUCUUAUGAGUGCCAUGAACAUCAAAUUAGGUCCUGCCCUCAAAAUCUGUGCCAAGAUCAAUGUUCUCAAGGAGACCUAAUGUGGCCCUCUGCACAAAUCAGCCUAAAGCAAAUGCCCCAAGCAUUCAGGCUAUAACCUGGGGCCAGCAGACUUUGCAGGGAAGAGCGAGCUGUUCCUCUUACGUGACCCCAGAUGGGGUAUGGAGACAGAAGCGCAAGCAUUGGUUGCUGGUGCUACAUGGUGGCAGCUUUGACAUUUUUCUCUGGGUUUCACCUUAAAACACACACAACCCAUUCUCACUAUUCACACCUACCCUAAUCCGGUUUUCGAGCAGGCAGACUAGAGACUAGGACUGCUCAACCUUAUCCUGGAGAGGAGUGACUAGCCAGGGUCUCACUUCUCAAGAGGAGUGUCUUGAAUGGUAAGGCAUGGAAAUGGGUGAGAUGUAGGUUUGCCUCCCCACUGGGAGAGGACAGUAGCAAAACCUGGUACUUUCCUUCUCUGAACUGUCGUGACUGAGCUCAGUCUCUGUUGUCAUUUUCUCCCUUAGUACUGACUAUUUCCUCCUGCAUCCAUGGCAGGGUCGCCAGCCAGUGUAGACACUUGGUUGGUUUCUGAUUUGCUGCAGGGACUAAAGGUAUUCGACUGACACAUGUGGCUGUCGUCAUUCUUUCUGCAUCCCCACUCCCUUCUCAUUUGUUAUCUUCAACCCUUUUUCUAUUCCACCUCUGCUCUUUCCUAUAGCUUUACAAAACAGGAGUGUGUGGGGCUAAGGUCAGGAUUGUAAGCACCUGCCUUAGGCACUAUUCCUUAUACAAAAUAUUAAAUAUUUUUUUUCCUCAGUAAAAAGCU